CGCACAUGGUCCUCCUCUCUCUCUCCCCCCCUCCCUCCUUCUCUCUCUCACUGCAAGUGUUCUUCGCAUACUUCAGCAAAAUUCUCAGCCAAGAGAAAUGAGUUUCUUCAUCGAAGAUUCGGGUCUCAUCAUCACUCAAGUUCUCUACAGAACGGCGGUUAUCAUCGCCGUUUUGAGAUGGAUCCUCGCGUGGAUUCUCCGUCACCGAUCCAGAUCUUCCGGAUCCUCUUCCGGAUCCGGAAGAUCUGGAUCCGCAUCGUCUUCCUCCUCCAAGUCGAUCUCCUCUCAGGCGAUCAAGCUUAGCCUCGCCGUGACGACGUUUCGAGACGCGGCGGAGCGAUCUCCGGCGACGAUCAGCGACACGUGCGCCGUGUGCCUGGGCAGCCUGGAAGACGAAGACGAGGUCAGGGAGCUCAGGAACUGCUGCCACGUGUUCCACCGGGAGUGCAUCGACCGGUGGCUUGAUUACGAAGAGCACGACGACGGCAGCGGCGAUGACAACCACCACCGGACUUGUCCUCUGUGUAGAGCGCCGUUGCUUACGCAUGAUACGGCGUCGUGUUGUGCGGGUUUUCCGGCGAAGAACGAGCCCAGCUGGGCCGUCGAACGGCUUCUCUACCUCUUCGGAGACGAUCUACUCGCCUGAAUCAUUUUUUUCUGUUUUCAGUUUCUAAUUUUACAUUUUUAAAAUGUUAUUUAAUUUUAGGAUAUUUGAUUGUAGGGGAAUUAUAUGAAGAGGGGUAGAUUUUGUAAUUUAGGUAUUAAAAAGGGGUAUAUUCAAAACAAUGUGUGAUAAUUACCAUGGAAAUUAAAAUGGUUGUACAAUACAAUAUUAUAUCAUUUUCAGGUUUUCUUCUGUU